UCGAAUCGGCAAAAACUAACCGGUUCGAUUCUCAGAGGGACGACUGUACGGAUAACCGAAGAAAGUGAAAUGGCCGCCGGAACCAUAUCUACAACACCUUAAUAGAUUUGAAGCCCGUAAACAUCAUCGGCUGCAUAUUGAAGAUAAUUUUUGAAAUUUUUUUAACGUCAGAUUCAAAUGCUGCGGAAUCCAUUGAUUGAAGUUUUCUCGUCUCGUCUUCUCUUUCUACUUAUACUUUCUAGUGUCUUAGUGCCGGGGAUCGUAGGUAGGGUACUAAAUCUGGGAGUUUCUGCUCCAGCCGUGCAGCUGCAUGUUGAGGAUAAUCGUGUGGAGAUGCAGAAUGGCAUACUGCAACUCACACUAUCAAAUCCUGGGGGAGUUGUCUUGGGAAUCAAAUAUGGCGGAAUUGACAACCUGCUUGAACUGCGUAAUGAAGUAUGGAAUGGAGGGUUCUGGGAUCUUGAUUGGAUCGAAACAGGAAAUCAAGGAAAAAGAGGAGAGUUUGACUCGCUUGAAGGAACAAGCAUGAAGGUCAUAUUGCAAACUGAGGAACAGUUGGAGCUUUCAUUCACAAGGAUAUGGGAUCCCUCGAUGCAGGGAAAGCAAGCCCCAUUAAAUAUAGACAAAAGGUUUAUAGUGCUACGUGGUUGCUCAGGAUUUUACUCAUAUGCCAUUUUUGAACACUUGGAGGACAUGCCUGCUUUCAAUCUUAGUAUUACCAGACUUGCUUUCAUGCUCAACAAAGACAAGUUUCAUUACAUGGCCAUAGCAAAUAACAGGCAGAGGCACAUGCCCCAUCCAGAUGACCGGUUACCAGGAAGAUGCCAAGAAUUGGCCUACCCUGAAGCAGUCCGACUUAUCAAUCCCUUGGAGCCAGAAUUUGAAAAUGAAGUGGAUGACAAGUACCAAUACUCAUGCGAGAACAAGGAUAACCGGGUACACGGGUGGAUAUCCUUUGAACCGCCUGUGGGGUUCUGGCAAAUCACUCCCAGCAAUGAGUUCCGCACUGGUGGACCCUUCAAACAAGACCUAACCUCCCAUGUCAACCCAACUACCCUUGCUAUAUUUGUCACUUCUCAUUAUGCGGGAACAGAUCUUGUAGUAAAAUUUCAAGCUGCUGAGAUUUGGAAAAAAGUUUUUGGGCCAGUUUUUAUCUAUCUUAAUUCUGUAUCGGAUGGAAAUAAUCCACUUUUGCUUUGGGAUGAUGCAAUUGAACAGAUGAAAAUUGAAACCAAAACCUGGCCCUAUAAUUUCCCUGAAUCUGAAGAUUUUCCACGUUAUAGUCAGAGGGGGAAAAUUACUGGUAGAUUACUGGUCCAGGACAGGUACGUAAGUAAGGAAUUUAUACCAGCAAAUGGUGGGUAUGUUGGAUUAGCCCCACCAGGAGAUGCUGGAUCAUGGCAAAGAGAAUCCAAAGGGUACCAAUUCUGGACCACAGCAGCUGAAGGUGGUUAUUUUACUAUUGAGAAUAUACGUGCAGGAAACUAUAAUCUUUAUGCAUCAGUUCCUGGUUUCAUUGGAGAUUACCGAUAUGAUGAUACAAUUACUAUAACUGCAGGCUGUUUAAUUGAUAUGGGUAAUAUUGUGUACGAGCCUCCAAGAAAUGGUCCCACACUCUGGGAAAUUGGGGUUCCUGAUCGUUCAGCUGCAGAAUUCUACAUCCCAGAUCCUAAUCCAAUAUAUGUAAACAAACUGUGUGUAAAUCAUUCUGACAGGUUUAGGCAAUAUGGAUUGUGGGAAAGGUAUGCGGAUUUAUAUCCUGAUGAAGAUUUAACAUACCGGAUUGGUGUUAGCGACUACAGAAAAGAUUGGUUCUUUGUUCAAGUAACCAGAAAAAUAGGUGAGAAGAAAUACAAAGGAACUACAUGGCAAAUCAAGUUUAAACUGGAGAACAUCAAUCGGACUGGAACCUACAAACUCAAACUGGCACUUGCAUCAGCACAUUAUUCUGAGCUGCAGGUUCGGGUUAAUGAUGCAGAAGCAGACCCUUUAUUUUCAAGUGGAGUAAUUGGGAGCGAUAAUGCAAUUGCGAGGCAUGGCAUUCAUGGGCUCUACUGGUGGUUCGACAUAGGUAUAAAUGGUACUCAAUUCAUUCAAGGGGAUAAUACCAUUUACCUAACACAACCAAAGAACUCCAGCCCUUUCCAGGGGAUUAUGUAUGAUUAUAUUCGUUUGGAAGGUUCCCCAGCUUCUUCCUAGCUAGCUGGAAGAGGGUUUGAGAACAUGUUCAUUGGAUAGAUCAUUGGAAAUCUCUAUCAGUAUCUAUAGUAGGACCUUGUUUUUCUGUUUCCGUAUACUUACUCUGAGCUUGUUGCUACCUUGUAUUUUAGGCAGUUAAUUGCAUGUUUUCAGACAGGUUGAGCUCUAACCUAAGGAAAAUUAUAUGUUUGAGAAAAAAUAAUAUGACAUGGCAUAUUUUUACAAUUGUGAAUUACUGUU